CUUCACUUCGGCUCAAAGAGAUAAAACCGAAAGAGAGAAGUCGAGUGAGAGAAACCAAGAAAAAAAAUCCUCUUUACAAUAUAUCAAAGAUAGAUUCAUACCUAAAUCGAUCGAAAAUCCCUUUUGUAGAUGAAUAUGCAUGUUAGAACUCAGAUCUAUUCUUCUUCUUCUGAUUCCAAAUCCUAAGUUGAACAAAACUUGUUUCAAGCAUGUUACCGGAAAUAAAUACCCGUUUUUACUGAGCUUGAAUAAUCUAAUUUCAGAAAAAGAUUGAGGUACAGACACCUAAAAGAUUCAGGUUGAUUGCUUUCAUGCAUUGCGGAGGAUCGAGCCUUUUCAAGGAAGGACUUUCUUCGUUUGUAAGCAUCCACUUGAAAUGUUCUUUCUGCGUACGUCUUGGUCCCUCUCGUCCUAACGGUUUGAUGACAUAAUUAUCAUACAAUUACAUCCCUGCUUCUUUCUCGAAAACCAACCAAAUUAUACCCCUGCUUGCUGGUGUAGUUUAAUAACAAUUACCAACAUACUUAUGCGAUUAUGCAAAAGUUCAGAAUUUCUGUUGUCAAGUCAUGGAGUGUUAUCAUCCGCUCUUUUCUAGGGUUUACUACCUGAAGCAUGCAUUCACGAUGAAGUGUUACUCUCAGCUCUCCUCAAUCAGUUAUCAACAGUCUCGCCUGGUCUAUUACCAAAUUUGUCCGUUUCCGUUCGUGAGAUACAAGAAAAAUCCAGGUGGUUGAGUUGCAGCAAAGAAAAUAUGGAGAGUAAAAAAAAUGACUUGCUUUAUUUACGUGCAUUGUGGAUUUUAUCUAUAUGUUGAGCAUCUGUAAUUUUCAACUCGUCCUUAGGAUUUCAACUCAGAUGCGGUGUUUGGCUUCAACCAGUUCAACCUCGCUUUCUCAAGAUUCAGUACAUGCGCUAUUUGCAGCGGGUUCAUCUAGAACUCAACAUACCUGUCGAGGAACAAGAUUUGUUAUUAGAGAUGAAAGUGUGAGCAUGGAUUUACUUUUUACUCUUCCUUUGGGCCAGUGCACUUCUCCAAAAGGAUCUCGAUAAUGCUAAAGCAAGCAUAGAGGUCCUUAUUACUGAUAAUUCUUAAAGGACCAGGUGAUGAUAAUAAAGGUCACCAUCACUUUGUUGUACAACUGGGAUGUUUACCAGCAUAGGAUUAAACAGGUUACUGCUAUUGCUGUCAGAGACUCGCGAAGUUUUUUAUCGCUUAACCUUCGCGUAGUUACCCUAGUCAGAGAUCUGUUGUCUUGUGUAAAUGGAAGGAACUACAUAUGGGAGUUUAGAGGACCCCAAAGUCGGACUCAACAAGAUUUCCGUCUUAAGUAUCAUUGUUGGUCUUCCGUUGAGGCCAAAGAAAAAGAUCAAGUAGAUGCAAUCCUAAAAAUUUUGGUGGGUGCAGAGCCGGAGAAUUUGUUUUCUAGCAUCUUAAUUGGUGCAAAAGCUAAGCCUUUGAAGCAACCCAAGGUACAACAUAAAGAAUAUGAUGAGACUGACUUGGCAAAUCUUCGGAAGAAGAAAAGGGAAACUUUAUGUUAGGUGGUGCUGGACUAAAGAGAAGUGGAAAGAUCGGAACAAGAUGCUCCAUAAAGGUAUGUCUGGAAAUUGUGCCCACUUGAUCUUUUCAUGUUUUUUGUUCUGGUUCUUUGGUAUGUAAACCGACUCCUAAAGAUGGUCCAUUUACUUCAUGUGGCAUUAUAAGGAAAUCAAGAUGACAGAGUUGGAUAAGCAUAAUGAUUUGAGUGAAAAAGUUGUCGGUAAUUUCUUAAAUUCUUGUAGAAAAUGUAUCCACUGCAUAUGCAUGAUGAAGUCCGGUGACAUUGAUUGAACAAGAAACCCAAAAUAUGUUCAACUUUGAUCCCAAAAUUGUAGAGACAGACCUGUCAUCCAUAGUUUAUUUUGUUAAAAUUCAGUCAUCUUACAUUUGUAAUAGUAUUGAUUGAUUGUAUGGAUGGAUACAUAUGUUAUAAUAGAAUUGACUGAAUAAUGGUUUCAUAUUUAA